CAACCUUACGCGCCUUUUGAUUUGAGAAUUGGCUAUUCAAAGUUCAAACAAAAAGCUUACCACAUUUAAUGACUUCGUAUGAAUACGCAAUCACUUCGAUCUAAUCCACAGAUUCGUGUUAUCUCCGCCUUCACCCACUCUCUCUCUCACCCACCACAGGUAAGCAAUGGCCGGAAAGGGAGGGAAGGGGCUUCUUGCAGCGAAAACCACAGCUGCUAACAAGGACAAAGACAAGGACAAGAAGAGACCUAUUUCUCGCUCUUCUCGUGCUGGAAUCCAGUUUCCUGUGGGUCGAAUCCACAGACAGCUGAAACAAAGGGUCCAGGCAAAUGGACGUGUUGGGGCCACUGCUGCAGUAUAUUUGGCUUCAAUUCUUGAGUAUCUGACAGCAGAGGUUCUUGAACUGGCUGGGAAUGCAAGCAAGGAUCUGAAGGUGAAGAGGAUAACACCAAGGCAUUUGCAGCUGGCUAUUAGGGGAGAUGAGGAGUUGGACACCCUUAUUAAGGGUACCAUUGCUGGUGGUGGUGUCAUUCCUCACAUUCAUAAGUCCCUCAUCAACAAAACCUCCAAGGAAUGAAUGACCCCUUUGCACAUUGCACUUUACUGAAACUCAGUUAUUAUCAAUUCAUCACAGUAGGGUUUCUUAAACAGUUUUAGAACUGAGGUGUUAGUGUGUAAAUGGUUUGUUAGACAGUGCUUUUCUCAACUCUUUUAGUUGUUUUUUCUGUCAUUCUGUCUUAGAGCUUUAACUCUGUUGGAUUGCUAGCCAAUGUUUGCUUUUGGAUACAAUUUGUGAUUUGUUGGCUUUGUUGGCCUUUUGAUCGCUUCAUAUCUGCUUGUUUUGUUUUUA